UUUUCCCCCGCUGCGCACUGCGCGUGGGCAGUCGCCACUUCGGGGGCGUUUAAUCCGCAUGCGCCGAUCGCUAUUCGUUGCCCAGAGUAACUAGCCCGCAGAAGGACGCGUCCGAGCCUCCUUCCCUAUUGAGCAUGUGCAUCCAAAUCCCGCGCGGCUUCCCGGUCCCCACUGCGCAUGUCUGGAGCAGAACCCGGCGGUUGCGCGCUGCUGUCCGACCGACGUCGGCCCUCACGCGCCACUGCCGCGGGGACGUCUAACGCGCGUGCGCCUCCAGCGCCCCGGCGCCUACUAAUGCGCAUGCGUCACCUCUUCGCCUGGGGGCGGCGGCGCGCUGCUCCGGCCUCCGGCGUCUCUAUGGUUGAUCCCGCCCAGUGACCCACCUCCAUCCCCCGUCUCCACCGCCCGCCAUGAACCACGGCCCCCAGCUCAUCACCUUCACCCGUGCCCGGGAGCAGUCGGACUGCUGGAAGGAUGGGCACCUCCAGAAACAGGUCGGCUCCCCUGCCAACCGCCGGGAAAAGGAGGGGGACGGGGAGGGCGAGGACGCCCGAAGCUUCUACGAGAGUCUCCUGGCCUCGGGCAAGAGCUCCAGCCUCCCACGGAAACGCAAGGCUCCACUGAGGCGCUCCAGGGUGCUUGAGCCACCCAUCGCCCGGCCAGAGCAGACGGACCCUCGUAGAGGGAACCUCCUGCUGAGAUCGGCCCAGGAGGGUGACAUGGGAACCCUGCGGCGGCUGCUGGAGAAGGAGGGGUGUGAUGUGAACUACCGGGAUGGUUACUACUGGACGGCGGUGAUGUGUGCCGCUUACGCAGGCCAGGGGGAGGCCGUGAGGUACCUGCUGACCCGGGGAGCCGCAUGGGUGGGAGUGUGCGAGUCGCAGGGGCGGGACGCGGUGGACUUAGCCGAGGAAGCCGGGCACCAGGACGUGGUGAGGAUCCUUCAGGAGCGUGAAACGGCUCAGCCAGAGGAGAGGAUGGCCAGCAGGAGGACUCCAGUGGAGAGGAAAUACUGCACCGUGUGCCAGACACAUUACAGCGAAGACAGCGUGGAGCUCCACGAACGCUCCACAGCCCACCUCUUCAACCGGCGCGACCCGCUCCCUCCAACCCGCUACCACAUCCCCGAGAGCAACGUCGGCUUCCAGCUCAUGGUCAAGGGGGGCUGGGACUGCGAGACCGGGCUGGGGCCUGAGGGCACCGGCCGUAAAUUCCCCGUCCAGACUGUCCUCAAGAGGGACCAGAAGGGCCUGGGUUUCCGUAGCGACCUCCGGCCCAAGGUCACCCACUUCAACGCCAAUGACCCCAGUGCCGUGGCACGGCCCAAGAAGCAGCCUAGGACGGAACGGGCAGCUACAGUGGGGAAGAGAGAGGCCCGUCGCAGAGAGGCCAAAGCAAAGGCCUGGGAGCGUGACCUCCGCACCUACAUGAACCUUGACCUUUGAACUCUUGGGAUCAACAGCACCUGUUGUCAUUCAGGUACUGGGAUUGCUUGGAUGGUGCACCGUCAUGAAUUUUGACCUUUAACCUUUCAUGAUCAGUAGCCCCUAUAACCAUUCAGCUAUUUGGAUUGCCGGGAUGGUGUGUCUACACGAAGCCUGACAUUUAACCCCCAGUGACUAAUCAAUAACUCUAAAACGGUGUCACCAAUUGGAUUAACCAGAUGGGGUCCCUUCCGGGAACUUCAACCUGUGGUACUUCUGACAUCUGUACCAUUAACCAACAAACCUACAGCCUCUGAAACUGUUUAGCCAAUCAGAUCCCUCAUGUCUACAUGAGCGCUGACCUUUAAACUGUGAUGUCAUCUCUGUGGUGCACCAUUAACAAUACAUGCACGGUCCUUGAAAGUGUUCAGCCAGUUGACUUCCUUGACUGGUUGGACGCCAACCCCUAACACAAUGUUGACCAUUAACCGUGGGCAUCUCAGUGGCAUCGCUGUACCCUUAACCAGUGAUCCUACAGCCUUUUAAAGCAUUCGGUCUAUUGGAUUCCUGGAUUGGCAGGAUGAUAUGACCUCACUUGUCGUAAUGGGCCAGUUGUGAUCAGGGAAGAGACACCUCUCUGCACUCCUCAGCGUCUUAGAACGCCAGAUCUGCUGACCAGAGCAACGCGCAGAAGCUCUCGUUCCUGUAACCCAAGAGGAGAUAAUUCAAUUAUGGGAAUGUGGCCUGUGGCCUGUUCUCCCUUCCACUUAGAAAGCAGUGAGAUAUUUGGGUGGGAAAAGACACCAGCAGGACUUUUGGAUCUCUGGGGAUUUUGCUGCAUUCACUGAUCGGUGCGGGGCAACCAAUCCCCUCACUUGUUGUCAGGAUUCUGUUUGAUCUGAAACCUUUGAGAGAGAAUAAAUAUGGUCCCUCA